GAAGGCUCUUACACACGUCUGAGUUUUCACCUGUGGACAUCACAGUGCUGAGCCAGUCAGUGAAAGCAAAGGAAGCAGGGACCAGUCACAUCUAGAGAAACCAAAGUUGAAAGUUUUUUUUUUUUUUUUCUUUUUCUUUUUUCUUCACUCCUCUCCCCUGGUGUGACACUAUCAUGGUCAGAAAGCCAGUUGUGGCCACCAUCUCCAAAGGAGGUUACCUGCAGGGCAAUGUGAGUGGGAGGCUGCCCUCCAUGGGGGACCAAGAGCCACCUGGGCAGGAGAAGGUGGUUCUGAAAAAGAAGAUCACUUUGCUGAGGGGGGUCUCCAUCAUCAUCGGUACCGUCAUCGGAUCGGGCAUCUUCAUCUCCCCCAAGGGCAUACUCCAGAACACGGGCAGCGUGGGCAUGUCCCUGGUUUUCUGGUCGGCCUGUGGAGUACUGUCACUUUUUGGAGCCUUGUCCUAUGCCGAAUUGGGGACGAGCAUAAAGAAAUCUGGUGGUCAUUACACGUACAUUCUGGAGGUCUUUGGCCCUUUACUAGCUUUUGUCCGAGUCUGGGUGGAACUGCUCAUAAUACGCCCCGGAGCUACAGCUGUGAUAUCCUUGGCCUUUGGACGCUACAUUCUGGAACCGUUUUUUGUUCAAUGUGAAAUCCCUGAACUUGCAAUCAAGCUCGUAACAGCUGUGGGCAUCACUGUGGUGAUGGUCCUAAAUAGCAUGAGUGUCAGCUGGAGCGCCCGGAUCCAGAUUUUCCUAACCUUUUGCAAGCUCACAGCGAUUCUGAUAAUUAUAGUCCCUGGAGUGAUACAGCUAAUUAAAGGGCACACACAGCACUUUGAAAAUGCAUUUUCAGGAAGAGAUACAAAUCUAAUGGGGUUGCCCUUGGCUUUUUAUUAUGGGAUGUAUGCAUAUGCUGGUUGGUUUUACCUCAACUUUAUUACCGAAGAAGUCGAAAAUCCUGAAAAAAACAUCCCCCUGGCAAUCUGCAUUUCCAUGGCCAUCAUCACAGUUGGCUAUGUGCUAACGAACGUGGCCUAUUUUACAACCAUCAGCGCUGAGGAGUUGCUGCUAUCCAAUGCUGUGGCGGUGACCUUCUCUGAGCGGCUGCUGGGAAAUUUCUCAUUAGCAGUCCCGAUCUUUGUUGCCCUCUCCUGCUUCGGCUCCAUGAACGGUGGCGUGUUCGCUGUCUCCAGGUUAUUUUACGUUGCGUCUCGAGAAGGGCACCUUCCGGAAAUCCUUUCCAUGAUUCAUGUCCACAAGCACACUCCUCUGCCAGCUGUUAUUGUUUUGCAUCCUCUGACGAUGAUAAUGCUCUUCUCCGGAGACCUCUACAGUCUUCUGAAUUUCCUCAGCUUUGCCAGGUGGCUUUUUAUGGGACUGGUAGUUGCCGGGUUGAUUUAUCUUCGAUACAAACGCCCAGAUAUGCAUCGUCCUUUCAAGGUGCCUCUGUUCAUCCCAGCCUUGUUCUCCUUCACCUGCCUCUUCAUGGUCAUUCUCUCCCUUUACUCGGACCCAUUUAGCACCGGGAUUGGCUUCCUCAUCACACUGACCGGAGUCCCUGCAUAUUAUCUCUUCAUUGUGUGGGAUAAGAAACCCAAAUGGUUCAGACAAUUAUCAGACAGAAUAACCAGAACAUUGCAGAUAAUACUAGAAGUUGUACCAGAAGACUCUAAAGAAUUAUGAACUUAAUGCAUCAAAAUCUUGGCCAUCUGCCCGGGACCGAGAUACAAAGUGGAUCUUUAUUUCAAGAAGACACGACUUUGGUGACGGACUAAAGGAAGCGAUUAUUUCUAUCCAUAUCAUCUAGUGUAUUCAGAGUAAUCUCUGAACAGUUUACUGGUAACUCAAUGUAUUUGUAGAAAGCAAAGAUGCAAGUCGUAUAGUGAGGCAAGCUCAGCUCUUGAGCCUGGUGCUUACCCAUCGAGGUAAGAAAGACAAAGGGCACUGACAACUGGGGUAUCAUUCUCUGCAACAUUCCUUAUCCUGACUGAGAACCUUCAUAUAGAAGACCAAAGUGUUUUCUGUAUGUAAGGGAGGUCUGUAAACAUAGCUUUACUACUGGGACAUCUAUACUGUGAAAAGUGUUUUCUGUCUUACUGGAGAAAAAUGUCAUUAUUGUGGCAAAGGGUCCAGAAGUAACUUUAUUUUACAUAGACCUUGGAUUGUUUUCCUUUAGUGACCAGCAUGAUUGUUACUUAUCUUUCGAUGGCUUGUACUCAGAGCAUCAGAACAAAAGAUGGGGAGAGUAGAGUAAUGUGUGUGUGUGUGUGUGUGUAGCUUGAGAUCAAACUCAGGGCUUUGCAAAAGCCAAGCAAGCACUCUACCAUUGAGCUACAUCCAAUGCCUUACUUUUCUUGAACACAUUAAGGAAGCAUUGCUUGGGGCUGAUAUUUAUGAGGCAAUCCUAGGAUUUAUGUUUGAAUAAAGAUCAUGGAGACUGUGUUAGGUGAAAUAUGAUCUCACUUAUUGUGAGGAGGUUUGGUGUUUGGAAUGUCACUUUGUUUUCAUCCUGGUCCCUGAAUUCUGGAAAAUGUAUACUUUUUGCUCUGACAUCCAUUGAUGAACCACCUCUUUGGUUCUUUACUCCUUGAUGAAUAAAACUAAAUUUUAAUCACUACAGUGCAACAUCAACAUGGGAGAAAUUGCCCAUGAAACUCUAAUUGUCGGGCUUUAUCUCUAUAACCACAGUUAUACUUAGUGUUGGUAAUUCUAAUCACUUUUCCUUUUCCUUUGUGGCUAAUUUUACAUGGUGAUGACUUUUGACAGUGUCUACAUUUCCUUUACAGUUCUGUUGAGAUAUGUCUCUGGACACAACUAUCUGGAUCAAUUAGGAAAAACACAGACUUACAUAAAAACUAUGGAAGAAAUGCCACUGCAUAGUACAACUUUCAACCUAGCUUUUAAAAAGUUUUUACUUCUAAAUCUAGGCUUUUUCGAUCAUUUCUUCACUUUAGUUAUGAUUCAACUUGCAAAAGAGGUAGCUGCAGGCAAACCUAUUGGAAGAAGAGUCUUCGGUAUGUGUAUUCAGCUCGGUAGUGCUAGGUCAGAGUUAGAGAACAUUGGUCAAUUUUCAAAUGGGAUGAAGGUAAUAGUGAGAUUUUUAAAACCCUUAUUUCUAACAUCCAAAGAUUAAAUGCUCAGCAAAGCCACAGUAAGUUUCAUCUCUUACAUUCUGACCACUUAAAAAUGAGACGUUUAAAAGGUUAUUGUAAUAAAAUCAUUGCAUUCAUAGUUAAUUGCCCAAAGUACAAAUCAUGAUUUUAAUCCAGAACGAUUCACCAGUUCAGUUUUUUAAAGCCUCAAUGACAUUUUAUGUAUAUCAAAAGUUGACUUUUUUUUUUUUAAAAAAAAGACCAAACUAAGUGUUUAUUUUCCUAAGUGAGUCAGUAACAAUUCCUUCUGUUUUUACUAACAUGGACAUACUAACCAUAUGUCUGGUCUCUAGAAUUAAAAUAGUGUUACCAAAAUACACCUAUUUCUAGCAGAUGCCACUGGGGGGGUGCAUAUUUUUAUAUUGCUAUUUUUAAGCUAGAUCCACAGAUUUAAUGUGGUGGUGUCUUCUUACCUACGAAAUGAGUGAAGCCAUGGAGAGAGUCCUACAGGUCUUGGUUCUUUCUGAGGCUCUUGUGCUCCCUGGCUGCUUGGUCUCAUUGUGCUAUCUAUGUAUCUUUCCUUGUGCAAGUUGAUCAGAGCACACCUUAUCACCCGUCCUCUCUUUUCAAAGACUUUUUGGUAGUGUUAGAUUUAUAAUGGCAUUGUAAUACUAUUUCAACCAAGCACAGAAAAAAAAACCCAACCAGUAUUUCUUUAAAAUACAAUCCACGGAGUUGCGUUUCAACUUACUUUGAAGUUAUAUCCCAAGAGAGCACAGCAUUUCUUUAGUCAUGGAAUUCAUGUCCCUAAUUGUUCUAGCGAGAGCUUGUAAAGCAAAUCUUUUUAUUUAGAAAUACUGCUGCACACUUGUGUGUUUUUAUACAAAGUAAAUUCUUUUAUCUUAUUUUAGAUUAAUGUGUGUAUAUACACAUGUGAUUACGUGUGUUAAUGUUUGUGUUGGUGUACAUAUUUGAAUGUUUACAUAAAAUAUGAUUUGAUUACUAUAUCACAAAGCUAGUGAAACCUAAACAGUUUAAGAAAUACAUAUAAUUACUCUAUUUUCAGAUUUUUUUUGUUUAGUACACAAAGCCUUGAACAUGCACUUUUUAAAGAUUUCCAAAACCUAAAUGCAAUUUUCUUUUUCUCACAGAAUUAUAAGUUUUCCACUGAUUGGCAUUCUAACAGUGCUAUUUUUGUCUCUUCUUUUAACGCACUGGAUUCUCCCCCUUUGAAUCCAAGUGGCUCUUAUAAAUGGUGGGUUUGCUUAGCUGGCAGCAGGACUAGCACUUCUCCUUCUUCAGAAGAUUGAACAGUUGUCCUAGCAAACAUGGCUGGGUCCAGUUCCAUUUAUGCAUUUGCUUGUUUCCUUAAUUGCCCUGUGAACAGCAACAGAUGGUUUUCAUGAAGACAAUUACAUAGCAGGAGUCCUCAUAAGCUGGUAUCAGCCCUUGGCAAACUCCCUGUUUCAUCUCAAUUUACAGGUGAAUGGGAUGCAAAGAAAGCGAGCAUCUCUGGCGUAUGUGGAUAUCUUAUAAGUGAGGUGUGCAAAGACAACCCAGGGUCAGGAUAACAGAAGGUGGCAAUUUCACUGUCCUACAACAAAGCAUGUCUGUUGUCUGCAAAUGGGUACCUUGGUGUGGCUUUGGUGUCUCCUCUGCACCCAAGCUCCUUCCAGGGUUCCUAUCUCUACUUUAGGAAAAUUGUGUUAUUAAAAAAAAAAAAAAAAAAAAAGACCCAGAAUUGGGGCUGGAGGGAUGGCUCAGCUUCUGAGAACACUGACUGCUCCUGCAGAGGACCUGAGUUCAAUUCCCAUCAACCCACAUGGUAGCUCACAACCAUGGGUGACUACAGUUCCAGGGGGUCCAAUAACCUCUUCUGACAUCUGUGUGCACAAGGCAUGCACACGGUGCACGCACAUACACGCAGACAAAACACUCAUGUAUAUAUGAAUAAAAUAAAAUAAACACAUGCAAUUUUUUAAAGACCAAGAAAAUUACAUAUACAAUAUAUACUAUGAUAACUACAUUUUUGUAAAUAUGAUAAAAAUAGUUUCUAUUAUUUUUCCAUUAAAAGUAAUCAUAGAAUACUUGUAAACAUAUUUUAAAAUACUUUAAAAUGCUAUAUUAAUUGAAAUGUAUACAUAAAAACUAUUAUUGGUGGCUUUCUCAUAAGAUCUAUGUGAUUCAGAAGCAAUGGUUUCAAUUGUCUUAGGUUGUGAGUAACAGAAAGGCGAUGAAUGAACCUUUAUUUGUAGCUCCAUCUCUUACUUUGGAAAGAAAUAGAUUUGAGAUUCCAGUGAACAUAACUCAAGAACCUUAGUUGAUUUGAAUAUCUUUUGCUUCAAAACGUUCUGUGUGUCAGUGCUCAUAGAGUGCAGGAUGAUGUUUUAUGUCCCUAAUCCAUCAAGGCAGGCAUUAAGUCAUGGCAUGGUGUAAUGGCAAGAAGCUCACAGAGGAUAUAAAUUAGAGAAAUAAUGAGUCAUUUGCAUAGCUUCUGUUUACAUUACAUGUGGGUAAAAUAGUUAUUGCCUGCACAUAUAGUUUAGCUAAAUUUUCCCAUAAAUAGUAUUUCCAAAGUCUAUUUCAAUAUAUUUCAUAGCUAAAAGUAUGACGGCAAGGUAGGCCACUGAUUGCUAGUACUGUUCUCUAAAACAGAUGAUUUAACAGCCCGUUUUUAUAUGUAAUCUUUUAUGUUAUUGAAUUUUAAAAUCACUAGGUAUCCAAAUAUAAAUUCUUUGUCUGUUUUUAUGUCACAUAUUGGUGCAAAAGCAUGACUUAUGGCCAUAUAGUUCACCAUUUUAUUAUAGCCUGAGACAUUGUCCUUCUUACCAACUCAUGACAAUACUGUUAGUGUUAUUUUUUCUUUUCUUCUGUUUUUAAAACCAUUUCUGCCUAAUUUACAUAGUAGCAGUUCCCUGGGUUUCCGUUUCAGUUUUUGACACUAUGCCUUUAAGAUGAUAACUAUAGAAAAACUCAGGUCCCAAGAUUUUCUCAGUGGGGGGAAAUCUUCCACUUUUAUUCAUUUUCUUGGGGUUACCCACUACUCUUCCUUUUUUUCCACUUGGCUUUAAAUGCAGAAGGUGGUUUCAGCCUCCAAACAGCUACCUGCUACACGUGUGUAUUUCAGCCUGUUUGGAUCAAAAGUACUUUUAUAGUAUCAAUCACUGCCCAAACAGGUUUAUAGAUGAUACUUUCAAAGAAACGGAGACUCAUUAAACAUCUGAGAGUCGCAGGGAUGGCUGCAGUAAUUCAAAAGCAAACACACUCGUCCACUUUAGCAUGCACACUAUUGAGUUUUGAACUGCAGUAAUCAUUGCUUAGACGACCUGCUUGCUACCUUCCUGUUACCUCUUGAGGAAACCACUGACGUCAGUGUUCAAGGCCAGGGCGAGAACGAGAAGACUAGUGCACAGUUACCUCUUUUGGAGCAAUAACUGUAUUUUGAGAACUUGUUGUUGGGUACUUUCAUAGCAUCUUGUGAGAAAAUGAGUUAGGUCUUUGGGUGUCACAGCUCUAAGUGGGUUGUGCGUGGUCUGGUGCAUUGUGAAGGCAGAUUUUACACAUUCUUGCUAAUGACCCUUAGGAACCACAGACUCAGAACUAUAGCCAUACCUUAUGACGAGACAGUAUGGGUCCCUGCAUUGAAGGGUCUUGUUACAAAGAAUUUACAAAUUAAUCUUUUCCUAGAAUUUCUCUAUUAUUCUACUUACUAAGCAAUAUAAUCAAAUAUUAUCUUAAAGUAGAAAAGUACUGUGGAGAAUAAAAACACAGCCAACCACUUUAUUUGCAAAAAAUGAAAGUUGAUAGCAGGAGAGAUCACUUACAUUGAAUUACUUUGCAUUCUGAUUAUUUCAGGUACUUGUCAAUAUCACUUUUUAUUACUCUGAAAACAAAAAAGUCCUGUAUCAUUAAACCUGUAUUUUCCUAUAUCUAUGUAGAUAUAUGACAGUGAUUAUUUGAAAAACCACCUGAAUUCCCUUAUGAUUGUGAGUCACCUGACCAUCUUAGAGAAUUGCUAGCCAGCCCUUUUCUCUGAGAAUUUCAUCGCUGCUGCUGUAAAAUCUGCAAAGACAUUUUUAACUAGGUUCUUCUUGAUAUGACCCAUGUCCAGAGAGUUUUACCCUUAGGAAUGUCCUGGGAUUAGUGGCAAUAGCAGCAUGCACUUCAUUUCAAAAGCCUGUACACUUUGAAGGCAGACACGGGCCCUGAGUUUCUGUUUCUGUCAAUGGGUUUCAGCACCAUAGUAAUGAAGGUUAGUAGUGUUUUUCAACAUGUAGGAAUUUUGCAAGCAUAAACAUCAGGCAUGUUUUCUACCUGUGCCAACAGGAUGAAAAAGUAUGCCAUUACUGAAUGCUGAGAUAGUGGCCUGUGGUUUUAUACUAAGCACAUUCCAGAGAACGCACUACAACUGGCCCCUUGUGUGGGGUUCUUGGAGAACGUAAUUGUCUUCCCUCUCAGAUAAGACUAUAACCCUGAGCUUCAUAGUGAGUAGUUCUUAUUGUGCUGGGACAUACAUGGUAGUCAUGCACUGGGAAGGGGAAGUUGUAGCCAUUAAUUCACAAUUCCGUCAAUUUAGUCACCUACAUGCAUCUUUAUUUUAGUAUAUCUGGAUUUACUUUGCUAAAAUAUGGGUUUGUAAAUUUUAUCGAGAUACUUGACAUACUAAGUUUUUCUUUUGUCAAGGAGUAGAAAAAUUCUGCGUGUUGGUUUGUUCAUAUUAGCAUAUCAGGCACUGUGGAUAAACGUAUUUAACUUUCUUGCAUUCUUCUGCGAACUCAUUAAGUAGUUCUGGUGGAAUCCCUUGAGCUGAGUGACAACUGUCAUCUGAUUUGUGCUCCAGCUUUCACUUACAAACAUGCUGAGACCAAGGUUGGAUCUAGACUGUGAUCCUCAUGACCUUGGAGCACUGUCCACAUGGAAGGAGCCAAGCAGCUUUGUUCUGGAGAUCUCAGUACAGGAUUAGAAACACGCUGCCGAGCCAGAGUGAUACCCUGUGCUCUCUGCACUCCUCGUCUCUGGCAGAGUUCUUUACCCUGGCAUUGUGACGAUGAACCUUGGCCAAGGUGAUGGCCAUAGUUUGCACAGACUACACACAAUGUCUGACGUUGAGUGGUGAAUACUUGCUUAAAGGGGAAGAUGGCUUUGCUACAGAAACACUUAAUAAUGAACUGUAAGCAGUGCAGAGAAACUUGUUUGUGGAUCGUGUUGUGUCUUUGAAUUCCCUGGCGCUGGUGUUGUAACAACAUGUGGUAUGUGAAGUAAAGUGGGUUCUUCUACAGCUAAAUGAUUUCCCUCUAGGGAGAGUUCUGCAGUAGUGAAAUUUGCUAGAUGCUCUUUGUGGGAUAGUUGUAUAAGUGGGAAAGCACAGCGAAAUAAGUGUGCCUUCUGAUGGAAAUGCUUCUUGUUCAUCUUUUCACAUGGAAUGCAUUUUGGUGCAAUAUGACGUCACUCCAAUUCGCAUUAUUGAAUUUUAUUUCAGUUGUAUUUGUGGAGAUGCCCACUUGUGCUUCUAGCUGCUUUUAUCUUUGUAUGUCUGUCUUGUACAUAUUUUUACUUGAAAAUACUUUAAAUGGACAUUUUAAUAGCUAUUUGAUAGUUUACACAUUAAACAUUAUGUUUUGCUUUCUUUUCAAUAAUA